ACCAACGAUUUUGGACUUCCGUUUUCAUCCUAUGAUCUUCAUUUCUGUAUGAAGGAGGAAUAUCAGUGAGAAAAUGGCGGGUGGUACCACCCUUGAGAACACACCAACAUGGGCCGUAGCUGUUGUUUCCUUUUGUUUCAUAUCGAUAUCCCUUGGUUUAGAACGCUUGAUCCAUCUCCUUACUGCUUGGCUCAAGAAACUUGGAAAAAAGGCCUUGAUCAAAGCCCUGGAGAAGCUUAAAUCAGAAAUGAUGCUAUUGGGGUUCAUAUCACUUUUAUUAGCAGCAACACAAGGACCCAUUUCGAAAAUCUGCAUAAGCCACAAAGUUGCAGAAACUAUGCUCCCAUGCCGCAAAAUCACCAGCAUAACUGAAACACUAUUGGCAGACAGCAGCAGUCCUGCGGAAGACAGUGCUAUUCCUCAGCCUGCAAUUUACGAUUACUGUCUCUCUAAGGGGAAGGUGUCUCUAAUCAGCCAAGAAGGGAUAGGCCAACUUCAUAUCUUCAUAUUUGUGUUAGCAGCCAUGCAUGUCCUUUAUAGUGUUCUUGCUAUGGCUCUGGGCAAUGCUAAGAUGAGGGUCUGGAAAGUCUGGGAGAAAGAGACUCAAACCAUUGAAUAUCAAGUGCACAACGAUCCUAACCGAUUCAGAUAUACGCGAGAGACAUCAUUUGGUAGACGACAUGUAAAUUCAUCAACUGGAACUCCAUUUCUUUUAUGGACUAAAUGUUUCUUCAGGCAAUUUUUCAGCUCGUUAGCAAAAGUUGAUUAUAUGACCUUACGCCAUGGAUUCAUCGCUACGCACUUCUCCCCAAGUGGUAAUGUCAAAUUUGAUUUCCAAAAAUACAUUGAGCAAUCGUUGGAGGAGGAUUUUAAAGUUGUAGUUGGAAUCAGUCCUCCACUAUGGUUCAUUGUGGUGAUCUUCCUACUAGUCAAUGUCCGCGGAAUGCAUAUAUAUCUCUGGAUAUCUGUUCUCCCUUUGAUUUUAAUUUUAGCUCUGGGAACCAAACUUGAAGUCAUUGUGGCGAAAAUGGCUAUCAAACUUGGAACUGAAAAUGCCAUCACUAGAGGAACACCUUUAGUACACCCUAAUGAUGAGCUCUUUUGGUUUGGCCACCCCGGAUUUCUUUUGCAUUUUCUGCAUCUCACUCUCUUUAUGAAUGCAUAUGAGAUCGCCUUCUUUCUCUGGAUAACGUAUGAGUUUGGGUUAAGAUCCUGUUACCACGAUAAGAUUGAAUUGAUCAUUCUACGGAUAGUUUUGGCCGUGACUGUUCAGGUCCUUUGCAGCUACAUUACUCUGCCGUUGUAUGCUCUUGUAACCCAGAUGGGUUCACACUACAAGAAAACAGCGUUGGAGGAACAAACAGCUAAGCUUUUGAAGGCAUGGCAUGAAGAUGUAAGAAAAAAACAGAGACAAAAGCUUCCACAAGAUAAACCUAUUUCACCUAGAAAUGUUGGCCCUUCUCGCUCCAAAGCUGGACAAAAGACAGACCAGGCAGAUGCACAGGCACAAGUCUCUUAGACAACAGCUCGUCCCUGAAGCUCCAAUCUUACACUUGUUGGUGGAUAUAAUGAUUUUUCAUGAAAUUCAUCUAACUAAUUGCCUGCGGUUAAACACUAGAUGAAUAUUUAUACCAAUUAAGAAGAAAUGUAAUAUAUAACCGAGGGUUUCACCUAU